AUGUUGGUGGAUAUGAUAAUUUCCUUGGAGAAUGAGCCACGUUUUUUGUGUCAAAUUGCUGUUGUGGACAAGGAUUUGUUUGCUCAAUUGUUGGGAGCCAGUUCUCAGGCUGCUAAGGUGUUGAUUGCAGCGGUCUCAGGGACUGAGCUUUUUAUCACCUUACUGUCUACGGUAGCCGAUAUUUCAACGUUCCGAUCAUUGGAACUUGUGAAGGACCUUAUUAAUGCUCCUGGAAAACUUAUUUCCGUCGAGUUUGUUCAUAAAUACGUCAUCAAUUUCAUGCAUAAGACAAGUUCCGCUACUUGUGGCGAGGAUUCUGGGGAUGCAAGAGUUCGUUGGGUAAGGAUAUUGUUUGCUUUCCUCACAUCUAUAAUAAAACAGAGAAUGUUUGAUCUUAGGGUAGGUUGUUGGUGUGUAAAAUUGCAGCCUAUUGUAUCUGAAAUUCAGUCUUUUUGUUGUGAUCAUUCAAAAAUGAAGGAGUCAACUGCUCUCUAUAAACUCAUCCGUAGCCUGGAUGAAUAUGUUCCGCAAUAA